AGACACAUCAUCGUUCAAAAUCAAAACCCCUAAACUCAAAUUCUCUCUCCGUUUUUCCGGUGAAAAUCAGUCGCCGUUCUCCGGCCACAGUCUACACUAACCGUGUCAUUUCGAGUCUCAUCAAACCUUUGAGCAGAUAAGUAACUGCUACGAAUUUGCACACCGAAGUCACUGUUUCAAUCUGAAUUGCAUCUUUAAAAAAGGGACAAUGGCAUCUUUUCCUCAUCCCGGUUCCGUCACCGUCUGCGAGAUCAACAGAGACUUGAUUACGGCUCAGAACUUAUCUGAUGAGCGAGCUCAGGAGACUUAUGGAAAAGUUCUUGGAAUGGUGUUUAGCCCUGUUUCGUUCGACUCUACUCCUAGCUCUCUUCAGGAAAAUGAAGGACAAGAGAAUGGAGAUAAGGCAAGUGGUGAGAGUAAAGGACUGGUUGCAACACUGCAGAUGAAGGUUGCAGACUCUCUUAAACAGAUUUUACAACCCACCGAUGUAACUCUACUCUCAGAGAUUGAUCUUCAAGGAGUGAGUUGGCAUCAAGGGAAGCAUAUUAUUGCCUUUAUAUCCGGUGCAAAUCAAGUUACAAUUCGUGAUUAUGAGGACAAAGAUGAGAAAGAACCUUGCAUUUUGACAAGUGAUUCACAAAGAAAUGUUAAAGCCCUUGAGUGGAGACCAAAUGGUGGAAAAUCCCUAUCCAUUGCCUGUCGGGGAGGAAUAUGCAUAUGGGCUGCUUCAUAUCCGGGUAACAUGGCAUUGGUUAGAUCUGGUGGUUCCGCAUUGAGGGGAAGUCUCUCUCGAGGAUCUGGAACUCGUUGGAUUUUGGUGGACUUUCUUCGGUGUCAAAAUGAUGAGCAAAUUAGUGCUCUCUCAUGGAGCCCCUGUGGAAGGUAUUUAGCAUCAGCCUCAUAUGACAGUUCAUCUUUCACCAUAUGGGAUGUUUCUCAAGGGGCAGGGACACCUAUUAGACGGGGACUAGGUGGAAUAUCAAUGCUUAAAUGGUCACCUACAGGAGACUACUUCUUUGCAGCAAGAUUUGAUGGGACUUUUUGUCUUUGGGAAACAAACACAUGGACAUCUGAACCCUGGUCUUUGUCUAGUGGAUCUGGAUCUGUCACGGGAGCGAUAUGGGAUCCCGAAGGACGGUUUAUCUUGAUUUCGUUUUCGAAAUCUUCAACACUGGGCUCUGUUCAUUUCUCAUCCAAGCCACCAUCCUUGGAUGCCCAUCUAUUACCAGUUGAAUUGCCAGAGAUUGCUUCUCUAACUGGCUGUGAGGGCAUCGAGAAGAUAGCAUGGGAUGCAUCUGGAGAACGAUUGGCUGUGUCGUACAAAGGAGGCGAUGAAAAUUACAAAGGAUUGAUUGCCAUCUACGACACACGAAGGACACCUAUUGUAUCAGCAUCACUAGUCGGUUUCAUCAGAGGACCUGGAGAAAACCCGAAAGCUCUCUCCUUUUCAUUCCAUGACAAGUUCAAGCAAGGUCCACUCCUUUCUGUGUGUUGGAGCACCGGAUUCUGUUGCACCUAUCCUCUCAUCUUCCGCUCACAUGUUCUUCCUUAAUAGCCAAAUGGUUCAAAUUUAAUGCAAGUUUCAAACUUUUUGGUUCUAUUUUGUAGACUGCUCACUCUUUGUAUACAAAUGGUUUCUUUAAAGAACUCAGCUUUGAAGUUAAAUCCAAAAACAAUGGUUGCAUUUGAAGU